AGAGAGAGAGAGAGAGAGAGAGCGAGCGAGCGCGCGCUCCGCUGGAGUCUCAACUGAGGUCACCUGCAUCAUCCAGGAGAGCGCACGAGACCGCAGCUGUCCUCUCCACCUCAAAAGAUUGUUCAAGCCACUUCAGCUACUUGAAGAUACAGCUAAUUAGCUAGAGUAGAGGCAAUUUUAUUUUUUUGCUGGUUAUAGUUAAGCUUGUAUUUCCUGUUAAUUAUGCAGGAUAAAGGCACAUUUACCAGCCCUUUCUUCAGACCGCGCUGUCUGGCGGCGGCGGCGCCGGCAGGGAAAACAAAACUAACUCACCCGGGGAAGGCGAUUCUGGCAGGCGGCAUUGCAGGUGGCAUAGAGAUCUGCAUCACCUUCCCCACAGAGUACGUCAAGACCCAGUUACAACUGGAUGAGAAGGCCAAUCCACCCAAAUACAGAGGAAUAGGUGACUGUGUGAAACAGACGGUUCAGGGUCACGGUGUUAAAGGACUGUACAGAGGACUCAGCUCACUGCUGUAUGGAUCCAUACCCAAAUCUGCAGUCAGGUUCGGGGUGUUUGAGUUCCUCAGCAACCACGCCAGGGACGAGUCCGGCCGACUGGACAGCACCAGAGGCCUGCUGUGUGGGCUCGGAGCCGGGAUCCUGGAGGCCGUUUUGGUGGUCUGUCCUAUGGAAACCGUCAAGGUUAAAUUUAUUCAUGACCAGACUUCAGCCAACCCCAAAUACAAGGGCUUCUACCAUGGAGUCAGAGAGAUCAUCAAGGCACAAGGAAUAAGAGGGACAUAUCAGGGUCUCACUGCCACGGUCCUCAAACAAGGCUCCAACCAAGCUAUUCGGUUCUAUGUGAUGACCUCUCUCAAGAACUGGUACAAAGCUGAUGACCCCAAUAAGGCCAUGCAUCCCCUGUUGACUGGAGCGUUUGGAGCCGUGGCCGGAGCAGCCAGCGUCUUUGGAAACACACCACUAGAUGUUGUCAAGACAAGGAUGCAGGGUCUAGAGGCGCAUAAAUAUAAAAGCACAAUGGACUGUGCUUCAAAGAUCCUGAGACAUGAAGGCGUGGCAGCUUUCUAUAAAGGGACGGUUCCCCGGCUGUGCCGCGUGUGUCUGGACGUGGCCAUAGUUUUCAUCAUCUACGAGGAGGUGGUGAAGGUCCUGAAUGUGGCCUGGAAGACAGACUGAGCUGUCGGACGCGCAAGAGAGAGAGAGAAAGAGAAGAGAGAGAGAGAGAGAGAGAGAGAGAGAGAGAGCGAUAGAGCUAGAGAGAUCAUUUUAAGUGUGAGACUCGGCUCUCCAACGCGAUUCCUUUUAAUAGCAGCCGUUCUUUUUUCCCAAGUUAUCUGGCUCCCUCUCUCUGGCAAACUCCGUCAGUGAAGAGCAUUGUUUCUCGUCGCCCACACAGAUGUUCUACUGAUGUUUACCGCGAGCUAUGCUCGUGUCAUGCUGGAUCUCUGUCGAGUUAGCUGGUGUCGCUCUCUGCUUCUUCUUGUGCCUAAUACAGUUUUCACAUCCGGAGGAGCCAGACUGCAGCUGGUUGCAGUUUACACUCGCGUAAACUGCAGCGACUUCCAUAGCUAAGCCUUUAUAUAGAGCGAUUUUACGUUUAUGAUACACCGAUUAUUUUUAUACAGCGUAGAUUCUAAUUUAGUCUUCUUACCAGCAUUGUAGUUUUAUUGUAAAGUAUGAUAUAUUUUAUUUCUGUGCCAAAUUAUGAACGUGUGUUCAAGAGUAGCUUAAUGAUCUUAACAAGAGAAUAUAUGACUUAUAUAUUGGGACAUACGUUAUAAAUGUAUUGAAAGUUGAAUGUUAAAUAUGGACACGGUUGAGGGUUUAUUUCGCGGUCAACUUGUGUCAAGUUUAUUUUGUUUGUUCAUGUUCCUGCGAUCAGGUCUGAGUGUAAAGGUGUUUUUAAAGAUGUUGUGUAAAAUAUUGUAUUGCUGUAUUUCACUGUGAGUCUAAAUGACCUUAACUUAAUUACACUUAGUCAUAGAGACCGAAACCUCAGACCUCUUUUUAACCCUUAAUAGAAGCAGUCGAACCCGAACAAAAGGUUCCCACCACUUGAUGUUUUUUGUCUUCUUACGUUAGAAGCAGGUUUUAAUAUGUUCCCUACUUCAGUGCUGCGAGAUUAUUGAUUGAAAAGGAAAGAAGAAAACUUCUCACAAUUUAUUGAUAUGAUAUUUAACCUGUGAGGGUUCGCUGCGUCAUUCACUGUAAAGGUCUUUUCAAAAGUGCCUUUUGCUGAGAAAUAUCUCCCUCAUCUGUUCUUUUGACAUUUUUGUGGUCCAUUCAGAAACACCAAUCUGUGUCUCUCACUGUAAUAACUGUAUCAACAUACUGAUGGAUUAUGUUUCUCCAUUUUCAUCUUCUUUUCUUUUCUGCCAAAUAGCCAUGAAGAAAAUGUGAUUGUCACAGCAAACGCGUGCGUGCGUGCGUGUGUGUGUGUGGUUUCUUUAUGAUGAAGCCUGUGCAAUAAACACCGCCCCAGCCUCCAUUUGCCUACGCUUAAUGUUAAGUCCUC